AUGGAGGACUUUACAAUACAUCUGACGUCUGAUUUGACAUCUUCCGAAAGAAGACUUUCUCCCGAUUGGACAUUGAAAUAUUUUAAGCACAGGGUGGAGUAUAUUACAGGGAUUCCUCCAGAAUCGCAGAAGAUAUGGAUAUACGAGACGAAUGAUUCCAAUGAGAGAGAGCAGAUAGACAGUUUAUUGAACGAAGAAACCACACUUUUAGAAGAUCUUCACAUUUCUCCUUUUACAAGGAUCCAUAUUGAAAGUACUAGUAAUGACCCCGAUAUGAUUCAACUUCAGAAGGAGUUGCUUAAUCCUGAAGACCAGGACGAAGAAGGAUUGUUCAAGUUGGAAGAAAAGAGAUACGAUGAGAUGGCACAUACCGUCAAGAAAUGGAAGUUGGAAAAGAAACUAGGCCGUUAUGAUCCAGCAUUUACGGGGAAAAUACAGGAGCUGCUAGAAGAGAAUGAAGUUAAAGCAAAAACGAUUAGAGUAGGUGAUCGCUGCAAACUGCAUAAUUCUUCAUUCGAAAGGCUAGGAACAGUGAGAUAUGUUGGUAAGAUUCCAGAGAUCAACAACGAGAAUAGCUGGGUUGGAGUUGAGCUUGACGAACCUUACGGAAAGAAUGAUGGUUCUAUCAAGGGGGUGAAAUAUUUCACGUGUAAAUUGAAUUAUGGAUCUUUUGUGAAGCCAAUUGUUGUGGAGACCGGUGAUUUCCCUCAAGAGAAGUUGGACUUUAAUAGCGAUGAGGAAGAAGACGAACUAUGA